UCAGAGAGUCACUGUGUUUCUGAUCGUCACCGUCCUCCUCUUCAUCAACGCCUGGCUGCUGCUCCAGCUGGUCUUCAGAUGAGCGAUUGGUGAAGACGGGACGGAGCUGAGACACAAGUUGGAUUAUUGGAUAAAGUGACAGCGCAGGAGGAGUGCCGUGAUGCAAAGGAUGGCACCGACAUCAUCAUCAGCAUCAUCAGCAUCAUCAUCAUCAUGUUUGGCUUGAUGGAGACGGUCGGCUGACAUUAACGGAGUGUAAUCCGGUUCCUGAGACAGAUUGUUGUUGUUGCUGUUGUUGAAGCCAUGCCGGCUUUGCUCCGUCACUGGAGUGUUAAUAGUCCCGUUUUCACUGUCUGAGACCCCCGGGACGACCCGCGACCUUGACCGUCCGUCAUGGACCUGACGCGGCUGGCUGUUGAUGCCGGUCAGCUCAUCAACCGCGCUGUCCAGUACACCGGGGAGGCUCUGGGCCAGGCGGAGAGGACAGAGUUUAACAGCGGCCUGGAGGAGCUCCUGGCCCGGGCGGAGUCCACCAAGACCUGGUCGGACCAGAUCAUCUCCCAGACUGAAGUUUUACUGCAGCCCAACCCCGGAGCCCGGUUAGAGGACCGGCUGUAUGAGCACCUGGACUGGAGCGCCCCACCUCGGCCUCGCACCCAUGAGGUGCUGGGAGAUCACAUGACCCAGGCAGGGCUGGAGAUGGGGCCGAACACACCCUAUGGUACUGCACUAGUCAGGUGUGGAGAGGCUCAGAAGCAAAUAGGUGAAGCAGAGAGGAAGUUUGUUCAAAGCACCAACAUCCACUUCUUGACCCCCCUCCGGACUUUCACUGAAGGCGAAUACAGAGUCAUACAGGAUGAGCGCAGGAUGUUGCUGAACAAGCGUUUGGACUUGGACAUAGCCAAGACGAGGCUGAGGAAAGCCCACGAGGCCGAGGCAGAGGCCAGAAAUCUGAAUGCAAACCCACUGGAAGACAACUAUGUGGCUCACGUCUCCUACAUGUUCAGCUUCCUGCGAGUUAAAUGGCUCAAGAUAUGGGCUCAGGAAAUCUCUCAGGCAGAGAUGGAGCUGAGGAUCUGUCAGAGUCUUUUUGAUCGACAGGCAGAAAUUACAAGGCUCCUUCUGGAGGGACUCAGCACCACUCAUACCAACCACAUGCGGAGUCUGAUGGACUUUGUGGAGGGUCAGGCCUGUUACUACGCCCAGUGCCACCAACAUGCACAGGAGCUUCAGAAACAGCUGGCCAGCAUUCCUACAGUCCUCUGCUCCAAUAACUGGCAGUCAGGAAUUACCAAUGCAAUUAAUCAGCCAUCAAUCAGCAGCCAUGUAGCCAAUGACCCUGUAGAGUUAAAACAAGUGACUCCAGUGGCCAUAAUAAUCCACCCACCUCAGGGCUUUAACCAGGUGCCACCAACAGCAAAUCCUCUGUCUGGAACUGAAAAGGCAACCACAGGGUCCUCUGUAGAACUGCCGCCACCUGACCAGACAAAUACCAACAAUAACAACAAUACGUCUUCCAAUAAGAGCCAGGCACCCAGCUGGUCCUCAGAAAAUAAUGGACAGGUCAGCCAGCCUCUUUCCACAAAAUGUUCAUCAGAUGCUUUGCCAACAGCAGUGAUACAAGCAGCUGAUCAGAUCUUCACAUCACAUUCAGACAGUCAUUCGUCAGAUCAGCUGCCAUCACCCGACAGAACAGCCAGUGCGCUUGAAACUGUUGAUCCUUUAGCACCCAGUGAAACCACUAGCCAGCCUCUGACUUCCAGUGAAGCAGCUGAAAAACCUGUGGCCACCACUGGAAAAGCUACCGGAGCAGCUUCCCCACCCUCACAACUCAAUGGGUCUGUAAGCAAGACCCAAACAUCCAUUAGUACAACCAGUGAGACCCAACAAACCAGUUGGAUGGCGAGCGAGAUCCAGACAACUGGUGUUACAGCUAACAAGACGCAGUCAACCAAUGAUACACCUAUGGAGUACCAGGUCGCCAAUAAUACAGCUAACGAAAUCCAGACAACCAGUAAUACAGCAAGCAGGACCCAAACACCCAAUGAUACGGCUAACGAGACCCAAACAACCAGUGAUGCAGUUAACGAGGCCCAGGCAACCAGUGAUACAGCAAGCAGGACCCAAACACCCAAUGAUACGGCUAAUGAGACCCAAACAACCAGUGAUGCAGCUAACGAGGCCCAGACAACCAGUAAUACAGCAAGCAGAACCCAAACACCCAAUGAUACGGCUAACGAGACCCAAACAACCAGUGAUGCAGCUAACGAGGCCCAGACAACCAGUGAUACUGUUAACGAGGCCCAGACAACCAGUGAUACAGCUAACGAGGCCCAGACAACCCAUGAUGUAGGCAACAAGAACAAGACAACCCAUGAUAUGGUUAAUGAGAUCCAGACAACCAAUAGCACAGCUAACCAGACCCAGACCACCCAUAAUACAGCUAACGAGACCCAGUCAAACCAUGAUGUGGCUGAUGAGAUCCAGACAACCAGUAGCA